CAUGCAAAUAACGUAUCACACAAGUUAUUAGUAUAAGUGCAUGAAAUGUAAGUGAAUCAAAGAUAGUGUGGGAGGUAGCAAACCUGCUUCCUGUUUUAGAUGGGGAGAAGACAAUGUUCUGACUCACAGAAACCUGAUAAAUUCCUUCCUCCAUCUCUGACACUAUGCAGUGUCAGAGAAAGUCAACAGUGGAACAUGUCCACUGAAAUUCUAAUGAUUUAUUCAAAAUUGUAAUCUUAUUCAUUUAUAAAGUAACUUUGUAUAAAAAACUGUGUGCCCAUUUAACCAUACUUUAUAACUCUCCAUAUGUAACAAUAUGUCUGAAAGUCAGCAUCAAUAAACUUUACAUUUUAUGGUUCUUGUUAGAUUUUCUCUGACUUUUAUGGACCCCAAAUUAUACAGGAACAAAUUCUGUGAUUAUAAGCUUCACUUUUUCAUCAAGGUCAAUUUUCUGUCUUUCAUUACUGCAAGAAAAAAGAGCAUUAGUAGACAAAACUGCAAUGUGUGUUGUAAGAAAUUAAAACUUGCAAACAUCUAUCAGGAAGCUUCAGUCAAGCUGUUCUCAGUAGUUUAUUUCCUACCUUCAGCUUAAUGUAUUGAUAAUCUACCACUGACGUAUCACAUGAUUUAAACUAGCAAAUAGCUGUACUCUAAGCCUGCAGAGCUGUGAAGAUAAGCCCUUAUGUUCCCUUUUAUGGUUAUGUUUAUCUUGCAAAACUGUCUCUUACUUACACGACUAAUGAGCUGUCUCAAUGUAUUUUACGCCCAGUUUUGAACUUCCUUAACUUCUUACUAUAAAAAUGUACGGUACCCUUUCAGUCAGUGAAGGCUGCAGAGAUAGACUGCACACAUUGCCUGAGGUUAUUUCAUUUAACAUCAGUGCCUCCAGAUUUGGUGGAAGAUGGCAAUGGGGGCAGUUUGGGCAGCCGUGCUAAUCACUUAUGGAGCCUCUACAGGAUUUGCAAUACACUUGGCUGCCCCUGGACCAAAUGAUUGCCUUCCACUGGACGAGGCUCCGAACUCUGUUGACGACAUGUACAGCACCUGCAAAGACGGAAUGAAGGCAAAGGUACUAAGUGAAUACCUGCAGAAUGAGAGAAACAGAGACAGCAACUUCAAACAGGCCUGGGGCGAAGCAGAGAAACACGACACGCAAAAAUGGAAGCGUAAAAAGGGAAGGCGACCUUCCACCUACCUGGAGAAAGAACAGGCAGUGGCUAUUUACGCUUAUACCCUCGACAGGCCAAACAUCUAUUCUGAUUUCAACAGAGCAGUUCGAACCCAGAAAUCUGAGUACAAGACCACAUUCAGCUACCACGCCCUUCACUUCUUCCUGACUGUCGCCCUCCAGACUCUCAAUGCUCGCAAACCUGAAGCAGAAAGAUGUCUCACCGGCUACCGCAGAGUCAACAGCUACUUCAGCCAAGACGUUCUCAACAAGGUGGUUCGCUUUGGCUCCUUUACCUCCAGCUCAGUGGGUUGGUACCCCAGCGCUGAAAAAUUUGGAGACAAGUCAUGCUUUGAGAUAUUCACAUGUUUUGGAGCAGACAUCUCCCUGUACUCAAAGCUCGGAGAGUCGGAAAGAGAAGCCCUGAUUCCUCCUUAUGAGGUCUUCAAAGUCACAGGUAUUGAGAAUAGAUGUGAUCAGAGGAGUCUUCCAUGUGAGGUGGUCUAUAAACUGAACAGUACACGCACACCUCGUUCCGACCUGAACUGUGCUCUUUUCUGAAAUGAAUAGUUUAACAAAUGUGAUAUUUAUGAAUUUGGAUAUGAUUUAAAUAAAGCAAUGAUGAGAUAGUCUCUUAAUAGACAUGUAGAAAAUACCAGUAUUUUAACAUUUGAAAGCCUAAAAGCAAAAAUAGAUAAAUAAAUAAAGCCAAGUAGUCAUAUCUAAAGUCAUAAAAAAUGUAUUCUCAACCCUCCUCAAUGUGAUGUGGUCUAUUAAACCUUAACUCUGUGCUUUGCUGAACAAACAGUAUUGCAAAUUAUCCAUAACUCAAAUUAACACAGAUUUCUUUGUUAUAGACAUGGGAAACACCACCAUUUAUAUUUGGAUAACUACACAAUGACAAAUUAAAUAUAAAAUGAAGGUGUAGAGGUUGCUCAUAGCAACAGAAGUUAAAGAAAGAACCUACUAAAAAAAUGAAAGUAUAUAACUUAAAAAUAUAACUAAUUGUUAUAAUGAAUCUGUAUUGUUUAUGAUAUUACAUAAUAUUCCAUGAUUCUCAAGUGGGGUCUGAAAAGUUUUCAGACUCAUUACUUUAAAUGAUCAUAACAUAUUAUUUCAAAAGGUUACAACCAUGUUCUAUUUAGCGUUUGUGUGUUUGUGUGUGUGUGUGUGUAUGUGUGUAUGUGUGUGUGUGUGUGUCUUUUUUCUUAUUAUCUGCCUUUGAUAUUUUGUUUAGGUGUUGCUCGCAGCUAAUUGAAUUGAUGUUAAUUGCAUUUUUAGGGAUAGUCUAAUAUCCUUCUAAUACAUUUCUGUUGCGUUGAUCUUUAACAUUACUGAAACUAUAGACGUGUGAAAAAUAGGCUAUGUCAAAUGAUUCGACGUACAUGAGGUAGAGUAUAUAUAGAGUAUGUUCUUUAUUCUGUAAACGGUCCUUAGUUGAAAAAAAGUAUGACAACCUGUGAUUUCAAGAAUAAUAACUGUGGGUUUUUCCAAAUAACAUGCACUGUAGGUAAAUGGCUUUAAAGGGCUUUAAAAACACUGAUGAACUGCAAAACAUGUUGGUCACUCUUUUACCUGCACAAAAUGUGAUGGAAAUGUGAAAUGAAUGUUUGUCACUGUAUAGAAUCACAGUAAUGCAUUGAGUUUUAUCGCCCAUGUCAGCCACAUUUAAACUGAACAUAAUCCUUCCUACAAUGCUUUUGUAUCACAGCUGUGUCCAAACAAUUAAACAAGCUUUUGUUUCA